AUGCGGAGUGGUCCUUCUACCGUCCUCUCCUGUGCCCUGCUACUCCUGUGGACCCAGACCCUGACCCAGGCCUGCCAGGGGGACGAGCUGCCUCGUGACGUGGUGUUGGACUGGUUCAAACAGCGCCUCCUGGAUGGGUUAGGGCUGGAGCAGCCCCCCGAGCCCAGCCACCAGGCCCCUGGUGGGGGCAGAGAGAGAGCAGAGGUGGGACGAGGUCACCGGAGAUCCACCAGGGUAGGGAGGGCAGCCUGGGCACAGGACCACAGGAGGCAUCACCAGGAGAGCCAUGAGCAAGUCAUCCUCUUCCCCAGCUCUGACUCUACCUGUGAUAGCUCAGACUCCCCAUCAGAGGAGCGAGCCACCAGCCACUUCACCUACUACUUCCAAUCCUCACUAGACAACCAGGAGUCUGCCAUCACCUCAGCCCAUUUCUGGUUCUACGCCGGCGAGGGGGCCAGCAGGAACAUCACCCCGCUCUUCCUCCUCACUUCAGACCAGCAGCUCCUCCAGGUGGCUGAGAUUCCGGCCAAGACCACCGCUGAUGGCUGGACCACCUACCACUUGGAGCACCACCUCCUCACCGCCCUGACCCAAGGCCCCUUCGUACUCCAGGUGCGCUGCCCCGCCUGCGAAUGCCAUGCAAACGAAGCCGACAAAAUGCCAUUCCUCCACCUGCACACCCGACCUCACGGCCCAGACCGCUCCCCACGGCGAGCGGCCGCCACCAUUCCCUGGUUCCCAUCGGCCAUCGACCUCCUGAUGCGGCCAUCGCAGCAGAAGCCAGAGUACAGCGACUGUCAGCGCGAGAUGAUCAACAUCUCGUUCCAGGAGCUGGGCUGGGACAACUGGAUCGUUCACCCGAAGGUUCUCAACUUCUACUACUGUCAUGGCACCUGCUCGACUUUGGACCGCACCACUGCUAUGCUGGGGAUCAAACAGUGCUGCGCUCCGGUCCCCGGGACCAUGAAGUCACUACGGUUCACCACUACGUCUGACGGAGGGUACUCCUUUAAAUACGAGACCCUGCCCAACAUCAUACCAGAGGAGUGCACCUGUAUCUAG